GCGGAAGCCAAAGCUCCCCACGAGAGACGCCCUCCGCCCCCACACCACACCACCAAACACACAGCCCUUCCCCUUCCCAUCCACGACCCACUCCACUGCACAUCAAUCCCCGGUGAGGCUGAGCGAUCCUUGAACCCAAACACAGCCACGCUGGAGAACCCAAGCGAUCUCGUCAACGGCAGGUUUGUCCUCUGAACUCUCCUUUUCUGGGACUUUCUCCGCUUGCUAUUUGAUCAAGCAAGAAAGUUUCUCCUGGAAAAGUUUUUUUUUCUGCUUUGUUCACAUGCAAAGUUCUUCUUCUUGUUCUUGCUAGGAAGAACAGAGAUCCAGAGAACCUUUUUAAUCCUCUGGAUUCCUGUUCGAAUUUUUUUUCUAUUCUUUUUAGCCUUUGUUUUUGCCUUUUUAGCAAGCCAGAAAGGGUUGUUUUUACAGAGCCCUUUCAAGUUGCUUGCACAAGCCAGACAAAAUCCAUCCCCUAUUCUUCCCUUUUAUCGAAGAAUCAGGGCUUAAUUUUUCCUUUUGGUUUCUACUUUUCUCUCUCUUUAGUUCAGUUUCUGCACAAAAAUUUCCUCUGUUUUUCUAGUUCGUCAUGGCAGCCAUAGAUCUGUACAACACCCGCAGAAACCAGUUCAGCUCCUCGUCCUCGUCGUCUUCCUCGGACCAGGAGCUGAUGAAAGCGCUCGAACCUUUUAUCAGGAGCGCUUCUUCGCCCACCUCAUCCACCUCCGCCUCCUCCCCCUUCUCCAAUUAUCCCCAUUAUUAUUCCCUUUCUCCACUGCCUCAAGAAUCAUACUACUUCCCAGCUUCCUCCUCCUCUUACACCGCACUUCAAGCUCCGUUUGCUACUCCGGCCACCACCACCACUUCCUUCUCGCAGCUCCCGCCUCUGCCGCCGACCUCGCACUGCACCUCGCCGGCGGUGUACCCGCCGACGAACGAUGACGUGGUUGGGCUGGCCAGCCUCGGCCCACAACAGAUCCAUCAGAUCCAGGCCCAGCUCUUCCUCCAGCACCAGCAGCAGCAGCAGAGGGGGAGUUGUUUGUCCCUGUCGGCGUCGCUCCUCGGCCCGCGGGCCCAGCCCAUGAAGCAGCAGGCCCACGGGCCGGUCCAGCCUUCAAAGCUGUACCGCGGCGUGCGGCAGCGGCACUGGGGCAAGUGGGUGGCCGAGAUCCGGCUCCCCAAGAACCGGACGCGGCUGUGGCUCGGCACCUUCGACUCCGCCCAGGACGCCGCCCUCGCCUACGACAAGGCCGCCUUCCGCCUCCGCGGCGACGCGGCCCGCCUCAACUUCCCCGACCUCCGCCGCGGCGGCGCCCACCUCGCCGGCCCUCUCCACGCCUCGGUCGACGCCAAGCUCACCUCCAUCUGCCACACCAUCGCCGCCGCCAAGCCCAAGUCCAAGCCCUCCUCCGACUCCCCCAAGGCAUCGGCCUCAUCCACCACAACGUCCACGGAGGGGGAGGAGUCGUCUUCCUCGGCGCUCUCCGCCGGCUCGACCCCGCUUCCCCCUCCGCCGCCGCCGCAGCCGUCGCUCCCAGAGAUGGCGAGCCUUGAUUUCACGGAGGCGCCGUGGGACGAGUCCGACGCCUUCCACCUCCACAAGCUCCCGUCCUGGGAGAUCGACUGGGACUCCAUCCUCUCGUGAAUCAUCAUCACAGCAAACGGAAGCUUCGUUGACUGAUUAAUUGAUUAAGCGGUGUAAUUAAAUUUGAUUAAUCCGCAGCGGCUAAGGUUCGAUGGAAUAUUAGACAUCGGCCCCCCGGCUGCUGCGGUUAGGGUUUAAGGAGUUCUCAUCUCGUCUCGUCGUCGUAGUUGUCGGUAAGAAGGGUUUAAGCUUUAAGUUCACCUAGCUACGUACUUUGGUCGUCAAGGAGUAAUGCUGUUGUAGUAGCUGUGUUAGUAGUGAUCGAUCUCCUGGUUGCUUCGCCGCGUUGUUUUUUCUCGCGGCGAAGGCCAGUUGAGGGUGUAAUGUAAUGUAACUCUUUGUUACUGCUGAAUUUAAAUUUAUACUAGCUACUGUAUUGCAUGUUA